AUGCUCAAUUUCGGAGUCGUUGUCAUCGAGAAGAAGACGAAAAAAGUUGAAGAGGAGAAAAAGUGAGUCUUUUGUCUUUUUUUUGACUAAAAUUGCGGUUUUAUCGAUAAUCCCAAUUCGUUCAAAACGUUUUCGAUUACGUCAAUCACUUUUUCGAUAGGAAAAACUGAAGAUAAACGAUGGCAAAAAAUGAGAGAUUUGAUAGAAAAAGACGGACGAAUGAAUGGUUGGUUAAUCCGAGAGGAAUCCCGGAUAAAUGUUAAUCUCCCGCACGGAUAGAUUUUUUCAGCCAUUCCCCACACUUUCAGACAACUUUUCGCGCCCCUUUUCAAGAGAAAAGAGCGCAUAAUCAAGGUGCCAAACAUUUCGCAUUUCCGUCUUGAUGCACACGCACAUGUCUGUUUGUGUGAGCAUGAAUAUCCAAAAAAAAAACCAACACGUUCAGCAUGUUAAUUCCAUUUUUGCAUACAAAAAAUUUUAGCGCAUCAAUCGAUUAGACACUUUGGCAGGGACGGCCCAAAAUCUCGCAAGUCUGCAUUAGAGUCUAUAUGUAUUAUGGCGGCGAAUUCAUGGAAGACAGUUGACGGUUCUGUGGUCGAAGGGAUUGGAAACACGCGGCUGUGCGGCUCUCGCGCGAACAUUCAUGACCGGGGCAGGAGAAAGUUCGAGACCUUGAGGAGGUUUGAGGGAUAGGUACCAGUGUUGAGCGGAAUUCCGUCUUCCGUCUUCCGUAAAAAAUGUUUUCUUCCGUCUUCCGUAAAAAAUGUUUUCUUCCGUCUUCCGUAAAAAAUGUUUUCUUCCGUCUUCCGUAAAAAAUGUUUUCUUCCGUCUUCCGUAAAAAAUGUUUUCUUCCGUCUUCCGUGAAAAUGUUUUCUUCCGUCUUCCGUAAAAAUGUUUUCUUCCGUCUUCCGUAAAUGUUUUCUUCCGUCUUCCGGAUUUCAAAAUGCCAUUUCCGCUCAACUCUGGAACACAAUUUUUUUGUUGUUUAGUUAUUUUUUUCACCGGAGAAAAAAAGGUUCUGCAUUGACGAUUUUUUGUUCCGUCUUCCGUCUUCCGUUUUCCGUGUUCCGUAAAAAAAUUUCUGCCGUCUACCGUCUUCCGGAUUUGUCUUCCGGAUCGGUACAGACAGUUCUCCCGCUAGUUUGUAGUUGGGUGUCACGUUCUGCGGUCCUUCUCGGUCCGACGGGACCGUUAGAGCGGAGUGUCGUUGGUCUUGCGGGUAAGUUACCAAUUUACUAGCGAUAAAAACAUAUUUCCGACCAAGAAGAUCACAAUUGCCUGCUCUUUCUUCCUCUUCUUCUUCCUCUUCUUCUUCUUCUUCUUCUUCGGCGGAGCAAUUCUCUCUCUCUCUCUCUCCUUCUUUCCAAUAUAAUCCAUCUCAUUUCCGAUGCAUGUUAACCUUUUUUCCGAGAACAUGAGCAAAUUGUGCUACUCUGCUCUUGAAUCGCAACAUGUUUCCAACAAUUUUUCACCUGCUGUGAGCUCUGGUUUCUGAUUAGAAACAAGCAACAAAAAAAAAAGAGUGGUUAUGCUAGUUGGAAAUUGAGUUGAAGAAGAGACGGCUCGAGAUUUCGAGAAGAUUCGGAAAUAAAUGUGCGCCGAGAAGGGGCUUCUGCUCGAAAAAAAAAGCAAUAAAGGCUGCUUGCUUCGGGGGCUCAUUUCAAGCGUGAGCCCGUCCUUUUUGAGCACUGAAAAAGAGAGAAAAAGAAGAGAAAAGACGGACUUUUAGACGCGUUUUUUCUCGUUUUUUCCACAUUUUCUCCUUUCUACAUACUGUUGGAUUGCAGAAAACCAGCACGUCGCCGGGAAUCGAUGCAACCGUCGCACACGUACCUCUCGCCGCAAAGAUCGCCCCGUCUCAAACGAUUCUCCGAGCAGCUCUCGCACAUUCGAAUCUCGCUGGAUCCGCCGAGCCCGCCGUUCCUCAGUCCGUCUCCGCUCGGCGAUAUCCGCGAGAAUGAGGAGCCGCGCAUGCAUUACCUCCAGGUUCCGGGCGGUCAAAUCGACGAGAACUCGCCGGAAGUCUCGACGGGCGGCGGCGGCGGCGCCUUUCAGUUCGGCAGUCCGUUCCGAUGCAUUUCGUCGCCGCCGCCCGACCGCCGCACGAGCUUCGCGUCGACAAUGUCCGACACGAACAGCUCGAUCACGAUUCCGAUGUCGUCGAGUUAUCAGAAUCUGUUGUCGCCCAUGUGGAGCACCGCCAAGUACGCGAGCGACGACAACGAGACGCCGCCCAACGAGCCGAGUCCGCGCAGGUCCAAGAGUGCUCUGGUCAGUUUUUCGACCCGAACACUGUCUCCCCAAUGGCUAAUGCUAAAUUGAGCGCCGCGUUAAAACGGAGUGUCGUUGAAAACAAAAGCAGGUCUCUGAAAUUUCUGGAUUUUUCGCGAAAACCCGAAAUUUCAUCGCAAAAUGAGGAAAAUUAGGUAAAACAGGAAUUGUCAGAAUAGUUUAUAACAGCUGUCAUCUGAAAUUAGCGUUUUGCCCACAAGAAACAGCGCAUUUUUUCAUUUUUCUAUGAAUUUCAGUUCUGAACCUCAAAAACUGAAACUUCUCAGUGAUUUUUGCAUUUUAUGGGUUGUCUCUGUGCUCAAAAUGACCGCCUUUGUCUGCUGAACAAUCGUGAAGCAACUGUUUUUUGAUUUUGUCGACUGUUUUCUCAAAAUUUCCGAAAAUUCGUUUUUUCAAGCCAAAUUUUAAAAAAAACGAAAUUACUCUGCGAAUUUUCACUUUUACACGCGCACUCUGCGAUCAUUUUGUAGCUAUCGGUCAUAUGAACAAACGUGAGGCAAAAGUUUUGAAUGAAAACUGUGCAUUGGCCCAAAAACUCGGAAAAACAGUGUUUUCAGUUGAAAAACCGUCUCCCGUAAAUCGACACUGAGAGCCGCACGCGAAAAAGUGCGAGAAAAAUUUUUUCCGCCGAAGGGGAGACAGUGCCAAAGCGGAAUGUUUUUACGCAGAAAAAAUCGCUCCUGAGCCGUUUUUUUAGCCUAAAACGUGAGAAAACGGAGCAAACAAUUCAAUUGAAAAAGUCUAUAAAUUAAUAGUAUUUUUUUUUGCUAACGAAGCCAAUAGACAUGUCGAAUUAGUGUCAAAUUAACUUAAUUAGUGGGAGAAAAUGUUUUUGGGGGCCGAAUACUAAAAAGAGUGUGUAAUAUUAUAAAAGAACGACACACACACACACCGCCCAUCUUUCUUUUCCCGAAAAAGAAAAAGACAGUGUACAGUUGUUGGCUAUUGUGGAAGAAUUGGGAAAUUAGAAGAACUGUACAAUAUCUUUGUCUUCCUCUUUCUCUCUCUCUCUCUCUCUUUCUAUUUCCCGAUCGAGAACGUCCGAUUGAUAUCUCUAUGCAUAGUUGCGUAUACUGUUAAUCCAUAAAAUCAUCGAAUGCAGUAUUUCAAGCCGAGACGGGUGAGUUCUGGAUCGGGCCAGCCUUUUUGCUGGACUUUUGAACCAGUUGUUCUUUUCUGAUCGGGCUCAAACUUUUCAGACUUCUUGGACAUGGAUUGAAGUGUAUUGGGUCCAAGUUUCAGCCCGAUCGGAUCAUCCGGUCCCGAAAUAUAGUGCUUUAGAGCCGAUUUCGGUCAAUGAUCCACAUAGGGAACCGGAUGAUCCGAAACCUGGUCCCUAAAGUUUGAGUCCGAUAAGAAUAGUGCAAGUGGUUCAAAAGUCCAGCACAAGGGCCUGCCAAUUGCCCACUUUUUGGUUAUUUCCCUUGAAUACUCAAAUUUUUUGGUUUGUUGAUGAAAUCCUAGCUCCCAAAGUGUCGUCAUACAAAUUUAUUCGAAAAAUAAUGCCAAAACAAAAGAAUGACUGAAUUGGCGAAUAAACUAAUUAGUCGUCGUACCCCCGCAGAGACACCUGCUCAUUUUUUGUUCUGAAAACUAUGUAAUUUCUUGUCGCCUUCUUUUUCUCGGGCUGCCUGAUGUCGUUGCGUCGGAAAAAAGUGAGUGGCGCUGAAAAAAGUUGAUGAGCAAACGUCAGAAACUCACAACAAAAGGGAUCAAUUUGCAGAGCAACCGUUCGUCGUCGGAUUGCAUAAAUGUGCCGCCGAUUGUGUUUUCGCCGGUUCUAUCCCGUCCGAUUCGAUCGAUAUCGCCGACAAUGUCAAUGUCGCCCACUUUUCGCACUCAUCACGCAAGUUUUCACUUUUUUGCACUUUAUUAUCACAAAAAUGAGUCAUUUUAUUUGACCGCAAAGUUUUCGUACAUAAAAUGAGUCAUUCCCACUUCAGAAUUGCCUCGCUGCUCGAUUGGCUCUUAUUUUUAGUUUUUUGCCUACUCUGCACACAUUUAUUAUGCAUUGAGGCGCGUUUUUGCAGCAAAACUGCAAAAAUCGCUAUUCUCUUCUUUCGGACGCAAUUUUUCGCAGAAAUCGCCUGAACAUCUGUAAAAUUUGAGCUGAAAAUCGCAAGUUCCCAUGCUGAACGACUACGGUUGACACCACUUUCUGAUGCCGAGUACGCAAACACACUACACAGUUUGUCGGCUACAGUAGUCCGUUCGACAUUUUUUUGCAAGCUUUCGUUGAUUUUCGCGCUAAAAAGUAAGUUUUUAUAAAUCUUGUGUCAAAAAAUUUGUCAAACUGUGACCUCGAAUGUUUUUCAGCGCUAAAAUCUUUAACAGAUAGGAGAUUUACUUCAAUAUCUACGUUUUCCCAAUCUCUUCCAGUUUUCGCUAUUUUCCGCUAUCGUUCCUGCAAAACAUUGCUCAAAAACGUAAAAAUGACUUGAUUCACCAAUAGGAGCCCAAAAAACCGCAUUUUCGACAAGAAACGCCAAUUUUCUCCCAUGACGUUCAUUUUUCACCAAAAACCUUUCAGAAACCGUCAAUUCCAUCUGAUAGUAGCGAAAUAUUGUCCGAGAAACCUGAAUUCCUCCAAAAUUCCCCCACGAAACCGAAAAAACCGUUCUCCCACGUAAAAAGACCACUUUUUGACCGUUUCAUCUCAAUUUCAAGUGUGCUCCGCGUCUAAAGUGGCUCUUGUCAGUCAGACGCACACAACUUGUCACUGUGGUGAAAAAAUCGAUGGAAAUCAGUGUAUUUUCGUUGCGAAAAUGAAGAUAUUUUAGUUUUUGCGGUGCGGCGAGAACGAGCAAAUGCGGCUCAAGAGGGUCAACAAGGGAGUUGGCACCGGAAGUGCGCCAUGCGAGCCGUUGGCGCACUUUCGGUUUCCUCUCGUUUUCCCAGCACUCAAUUGAUUACUCACAAUGCAUGGAGCCCCGAGAAGCUUGCACAAAAAUUUAAAUGUUCCCGAUAUUUAUUGAUUUUUCUCCUAUUUUUUGUUAAAAUAGUUGUGGCUUCAACCCUUCUAGCACAAUUAGAAAAACGUAUUUAAAAGCCAAAACUCCCUCCACAAACCUUGUGAAAAUCAUUAAAAAUCGAAAGUUUUCGAUGAAUUGAGGCGUAAAAUCGGAGAAAAUUGUCGCCAACGCCACUUUUCUCCGCAAUAAAUCAUUGAUUUUCCGCCGUUUUUCAAUUUUUCUCCGGAAAUUCCAAUCGCUUCUCUUUUUCAUAUUUCCCGCUCUAAUCUCAUUAUUUUCACCCGGAAAUCGCCCAAAUUUCCGCCAUCCAUUUUGUUCCUUCAUUUUUCGUUUCAACCGCCUCCCUUACUUGAUACUUGAUGUCCGUUAGUUCUAGCUAAUAAAGCUGCGGACAAACUCUCCUUUUCUUGUGGCAGUAGACAAUGUCUUUUUUUCUACGAGCAUUUCUGCUUUUCUCCUUGUCCGGUACGAAGAUUCCGGCUGUUUUCAAUUCUAAAAAUGUUCUGUUUCAAGAAUACAUGUUAACAAUUUGUCUUAUCAAUUUUUCGGUUAAUUUUUCCAGUUGAAGUAUUCUUCUGUAGUUUUUUGCUAAAUCAUAGAAAUCGGAUAAUGUUCAGUGUUUUAUACCAUUUUUCUGGUUGGAUAAUUCUGCGUUUCCAUCAGAGUUUUGACCCAUCUUCGUGUAAUUCUCGAAACGCCACUUUUACGAGCGCAUUUCCGGCCUUUUAUAGGCCAUUAACUCUUCGCCUUUUGGGCUCCGAGCUCGGAAAACGGGAAGAAGAGCCGGAAGCGCUGCUCUUGAGGGAAUCGUCUAAUUAUAAAUGCGCCCCUCGUUUGCUCUUUUUCCACAAAAAGUUGGGGGUUCUCCGGAAUUUUCUCCACGAAGCAGUUACUUUUCCACUAUUUUUUGUGCACAAACAUUUCGAGAAGCUUAGGAGGCCGUAAACUGCGCAAUUAUCGAUCGGAAAAUGAGAAAAUUGGGGCGACAGACAGAGGAAUUAAUUCAAUUUUCUUCCUUUCCCCCUUCUUUCGCCUUUUUCCGCUCUCUUUUCGCUUCCCACAGAGCACACCACACUUUUUGCUCUUCUCAGUGGAAACAUUGGAUUUUCGACGUGUUUUUGAGCGAAAAGUGUGGAGAAAGUGACCGACUUUUGUAGCUUUCUCCUUGACUGCUGAAAACAUGCUAAUACCUUGUUUUUCUGCUGGAUGUCAAGAUUAUCGGCACUUGCGUAAAAAGAGUAUAAUUGGAUUAUAUUCGACUCUUUCUAUCCAUUUUGAUCAAUGAUUUUCCGUCGAGAUAAGUCUAUUUUCGACUCGAUUAGCAUCUCCUCGAUUUGUGAGCAUUUUCACGAGAGAAAAGAGCAGAAAUAGAGGCGGAAAAGGAUGUCAGUUGCAUUUGACACACGAGAAUGAGCCGGAGAAAAAACGGAGAGAACUUUGAGCUUCGUCGCCUAGAAAAUCCCUUUUUUUCCGAUAAUUCUGAAAAACCGGACAUCUUCUUUCCUCUUCUUCUUCUUCUUCUUCUUCUUGUCCGCUUUUUCUAAUUAAUUUUUUUUCUCGAACGCCUAUUUUCUUUCAUUUUUUACCCUCUUGAGAAAUCAUGAUAAAAGAGCGUGUUUUUCAGGCGAGCAAUGUCACAUUUUCUAGAAAAAAGAGCUUGGUGAAAAACCCGCAAAAUGUUCACUUCUCCGCAUUUCUGACCCAAACGGGCCGGCUGCUAACUCGCUUCAAGAUCAAAGUUGUGGCAGAUUGUAGAUCUCGAUGAGUUCUACAAAUGUGACAACUUGUAGCCGGUAUUGUGGGCCGACCGCGCCACAAUACCGGCUCUAAUUUGUUCUACGCACAACUUUGAUUUUGAAGCGAGUUAUCAGCCGGCCAAGUAUGCAAUUAAUUCCCGGCUUUUUGCAGAAUUCCGACUCUGAAAGCGAGACGGGUGCUGCGUCCAUCCAGACGGUCUCUGUGUUCGGCAAUUGCGGAGGCGUUUGGAAAGGUAGCGGCAGUUUGAUGAUCCCGCCGAGAAGGUCGUUCCAUCGGGGCGGCGGCGGAGGCAACGACUCCUCCGACAGCGGCUCCGUCGCCAAUGUCGAACGCCUUUUGAAGAGGAAUCGACGCAGGACCAUGGCUAUUCAUGGUAUAUUCACGCACAAAACAUUUUAUGCAAUUCUCUAAAUGCAGGCGUGGAAACAGAGCAGACGGCGGCGUCGACGGGCUGGUCGUCGGCCUCGAUGACGAAUUUGUGCCGGAUCCGUUCGUCGCUGGGCCACUCGGACCCCCAAUUGUCUUCGAGUUCCACGAAUUCGUGCUUCUCCACCUCCACCUCGUCGCUGCAUCCGCCCAAAUCGUCGGCCUCCUCCUCCAACUCGGCCCGUUCCCCGACCGCCCGUCCUUCUUUGCACUCCUCGACGUCGCCGGUGACUCUGCAGAGGUGCAGAAGUCCAUUGAGGGUCCCGCAAAGAUCCACGUCGUCCUCGCACAAUUUCGGAGCCGGUCAGGCAGCGCCCGGCAGCUCCGGAAGCUCUGUGCACAGUGGCGCCAUCACUCUCAGGUUUGUCCAUUUUUUUGAAACUUUUAGGGGGGAAUUUGAGGUUUGAGCGUGACACCUGAUGAAAAUCGAAAAAACAAACAAGCCCCGCCCCUUUUUCGUUCUUUCGAAACGAGUCAACAAUGGCUUGUUUUUCAAUACCCGACCACGAGUUUUCCGCCUUUCUUUCUCUAAUUCUCUGUCUAUUUUCCACUUUUUUUUCUAACUUUUUCUCCCACGAGAUGAAAGAAUUGGGCGAACGAUUUGACAGAAAGAUGUUGUUGAUUUUUCUAGAGAAAAAAGAUUAUAGUAUAUUUCUAAACGAUUUUUCAUGCGAUUUCACCUAAACAGUGCAUACAAUAAGAGUGGAAAGUGGUUGCAGGACGUACUCGGCCCGAAAUGGCUCUUCGCUGAUGGCUCCGGUGCAGGACACGCGCAGGUGGUCCCUCGCUUCACUGCCUUCAACGAGCGGAUACGGAACUCCCGGCACUGGCAGCAAUUCCGGUGUCUCGGUACGGUUUUCUUCGUUUUUUGGUUUAAAGUUUGGUCUUUCUAUAUUGUCAUUCGCCGUCUCUCUGAUCUCCUGGAAAGAAGGCUUUUCUAGAGAAAUUGUUCUACAUUUUUUUAAAUCUACAUUUUUUUUUGAAAAUUUCAAAUCUACAUUUUUUUUUGAAUAUUUCGCUUCCAGAGCCAGUACUCUUCAUCGGAACAAAUUGGCGAAAUGCUCGAGCAGACGCGAAUUUCCGGACCGAUCCGUCAGAAUUCGUCGCGAUUUGACAGCAACGACUCUUAUGAUGACGUGGCAUCCCAGCAGGCGGCCGCCCAGAACGCCUUCCUCAAUAGGCCCAGAAGCCGCAGUCUGACGUACGCUUUUUCCGAAUGAAAAUGUGUGAUUUCCUCAGGAGAAGAGAGCCUACGCGCGCGCAGCGAAGGCCUUUGUACUCAUAUUACAUGGUAUUAAAUUGGCGGCGACUACGCCUAGGUUCUCAUCCGGGACAGUUCUGGCUCGGCGUAGCCUCUGUAGCGGGCCUGGGCGAGUUUUGGCGAAACUGUUGCGCGCCAGCGUCUCUAAUUUUUCGCACGCGAAUCGCCGCUCUCCGCCAGAGCCGUUUUAGCGGUCCUGACACCACUGUUAUGCGCAAAUUAAUCAACUCAUCUUAUCGUUACGGUGAUUAUACUAAUUCGAGCAACAAUUCUCAAAAUAUACUAUUUUUGCUUGAAACGGAAGAAUACUUUUUUUUUUCUCAAAACUCUAAUGUAUUUUCUGCAGAAGCCCAAUGAAAUUUCUGAACGAGUACAACGUGGAGAUGGUCAACCGGACGUCGGUCUACAAGGAACGCUUUCCUAGGGCCAAACUGCAAAUGGAGGAGAGAUUGCGGGCGUUUGUCGCCGAAAACGGGCCACUGAGCGGCGGAAUCUCACAGAAAACGGACGGCGAUUCGGACGAGGACGGAACCGAUAAAAAAGCGGCGGCAAGCGGCACUCUGAAGGCCAACGACAGCGUCGAGGAGGCUGUUAUGAGGAGCCGGCGGUCCACGGUGAGCGAGCGAAUUUUUCGGAAUUAUUUUAGAGUUUAGAGUUCACCCCAAAAAAUAGAUAAUAUACUUCUUUUUCUCUCUUCUUCGAAAUAAAAAGUGGCCUUACUGGGACCGAAAACAGAGUGAUGAAUGUGUUUUUGAGGUUCUUUGGAUUCGUUUUGCCAUUUUUGCAAAAGAGAUCACCAUUAUUUGCGUCUCUACUAGCAAUUGUUCCCCCGUUUUUCUUGCAGGUGCUCGAAGCGGAAUCGUACGCGGACCGCAGUCUGCUCCGGCUGAUCGGCGACGGCGCCACCCGAUUCCUGCACCAUCAGAUCGUCGAGACGGCCGUCGAUUGCCUUUCGAAAUCGAAGGACGACCUCAUCACUUGCUCCUACUUUUGCGAGAUGAGCCAGAGACUCGAGGAGACACUCAACGAGGUCAGCCCGCAUUUUUGUGAGGAAAAAAUAAAUCGGUUAAAAGUUGGCAAAAAUUACUGUUUCGAUAAUGGGUAACAUUUUUAGAACAACCUUUUUUUGAUUGUCGCAUUAUUUCAAUUUAUACGUAGUUGUUUAAGGCGCAAAUGAAAACCUCGCCGGAAUCGCUGGAAUAUUUGUCGAAAUUGGUGCGGAAACUGCUGAUGAUCGUCUCGCGGCCUGCCCGCCUUUUGGAGUGUCUCGAAUUCAACCCGGACGAAUUCUAUCAUUUGCUGGAGGAAGCGGAAGGAGUUGUCAGGGAGCAGCUGGGCAGCGGGACCGCCCGAGUGCCCGAUCUGCCACAGUACAUUAUUGGUGAGCUGCUUUUCAUUUUUUUUCCCGUGACUCUAGAAUUUGCAUUUUGAAAGACACCCGAAAACAUGAUACCGAUGUGACGCAUCUGAUUUCUUCAAAAACGAAGAUUGUCUUGUACGCCCACAAUACGCUUUUUUCCAAAUUUGUAAAACAUGCAACUUUUUUCCAGCUAAAAAUGCAUUUUUCUGCAGGAAAACUGGGUCUGGACCGUGAUCCGCUGCUCGAUUCGACGGAACACGUGGAGGAGGCGACGGAAGAACCGCACCCGGCGGCCACGUCAUCAGCCGCGACGGCCACGAGUUCCGCCUCGAAAGCCACGUGGCCGGAGGCGAAUCGUGCUCCCUGCGAAGACGAUUUCGACACGAUUCGGGUGAGAAAAGCGGGAGGAAAAAAAAAAGAUCAUAGCCCAAAAGACGGAAAUGUCCAGAUUGUUGCCCCUUAAGGACACUCCUGCAAUCUGAACACUUCCGACUCUUGUGCAUGUACCAGGUAUCCUAGCGGGUUCAAAUGAGUGGAAAAUGAACAAAUAUGACCCAUGGAAGUAAUUCAGACAGUUAGAACAACUUAACAACCUAUUACAGUUCGGGUAAAUUUAGUUCUCUCUCCGGAUGCCUUCUUUAAUUCUGAUUUUUGACAAAGAGUGUGUUGCAGUUGGUGUCGAACGGAGCGUACGGCGCCGUGUAUCUGGUCCGUCACCGCGAGACGCGUCAACGAUUCGCGCUGAAAAAGAUGAACAAGCAGACGCUGAUGCUGCGGAACCAGGUGGAUCAGGUGUUCGCGGAGAGGGACAUCCUCACGAUGGCCGACAAUCCGUUUGUCGUCUCCUUCUACGGAUCGUUCGAAACACGACAAUAUCUGUGCAUGCUGAUGGAGUACGUCGAAGGCGGGGACUGCGCGGCGCUGCUCAAGUCGGCUGGCACACUUCCGGUCGAGUUGGCACGGCUUUACGUCGCGGAGACCGUGCUCGCCAUCGAAUAUCUACAUUCUUACGGAAUUGUGCACAGGGAUCUCAAACCCGAUAAGUACGCCCUUUUUGGAAUAGCUUAUGUUUCUUUCACUACUUUCUAUUUUAAAAUUGCAGUCUUCUGAUCACAGCAAUGGGACACAUCAAACUGACGGAUUUCGGGCUCUCGAAAAUCGGAUUAAUGAACAGAACGACGCUUGUGGCGGAGGGCUACGAGACCGUCGCCGAAACACAACAAUUCCAGGACAAGCAGCUGUGCGGAACACCCGAGUACGCUUUUUUGUAGUGUAGAAAACACUAGAAAAUCCAAGAUUUCCAUACAAGUUCAUUUUGCAAAUUAAUUUUGCAGAUACAUUGCUCCAGAAGUGAUUCUCCGUCGCGGAUACGGAAAACCCGUCGAUUGGUGGGCGCUCGGCAUCAUUUUGUACGAGUUCCUCGUCGGAAUUGUGCCAUUCUUCGGCGAAUCGCCCGAAAUUUUGUUUUCAAAGGUAACAGUUCAGUUUAAUAGACGCGAAAGAGUUUUUUGCUGCACAAAUAGUUUUGUUAUCACCAGGGCUGGGCAAAAUUUUGACUUUUUAUGUGGGUCGAAAGUCCAGGCCUCAAAAAGCCUUCAAAAAGCCUGGGCCGGCGUUUUUUCCUGCAAUUGUCAUAGUAUUAUGCAAGCAAACAUUUUGAAUUCCCAAUUUUUAGGUGAUCAGCGAAGAGGUGGAGUAUCCGGAAGAAGAAGAGGCGCUGCCUGCCGAAGCGGAAGAUCUCUGCCGACGUCUUCUGGAGAAGAACCCGGCGGAGAGACUCGGAACGGUGAACGGGGCCGCCCAGCUGAUGGCCCACGCCUUCUUCGCACUCCUCGAUUUCACCUCGCUCCUGAGGCAGAAGGCCGAGUUUGUGCCGCAAUUGGACAACGAGGAGGACACGAGCUACUUUGACAGUCAGCACUCUUUUCUUUGGACUCUUCAUUUUUUUUUAGUGCCUGUCUGAAUUUCCAAUUUUUCAGCGCGAACCGACCGCUACAACCACGAGGCGGAGAGCUGCGGGGAGGAGGAAGCGGGCGGAUGCUCGUCGACGGCCUCCUCGAUGAUGUUCCACUCGUUCUCGACAGCCAGCCCGCGUCAUUCGAUUGUUUCGAUAGACCCCGCCCACCUGCCGCACCUUCUCUCGACUGCGAACGCGGCGGCCAAGGAGAUCGAACGAUCGCACUCGGUUUCGGCGGCGUCCAAAUCGGAAAUACGACCGGAAAGGUCCUACUCGACCGGUCAGGCACCCACCGAUCUCUUCAAUAUUGUCGAUGAUCACACCAGCAGCACUGUACGUUGAAAAAAAGUUUUUUUUGCCGAAUCUGUGGGGUAGAAACAAUUGGAAAGAUCAGAAAAAUUAACAAUCUUUUAUACGAGUGAUGAAUUUUUUCUAUAGAAGUAUAAGUCUUACGGUGAAACGGUAAUCAUGAUUUUCCGAAAUUUCGAAUUUGCGAAGCUAUUGUCAGAGAAAAAACACCUUUCCUAGUGGAAAAUCUGAAAGAUCAAUAGAAAACGUUCUAUUUCUUGCAGGCCGUAAACCUUCGUCGCCGUUUCUCCGCCCAACGUCACCAGGUCUCGACGACUUCCUCCUCGGGGACGGGCUCCGGGACGUGCUUCGCGACGGCGGCCUCCUCGACCGACUCUUCCGUCGACGCCUCCUCGCUGCCCGUUUUCCAGACGUCCUCCCGAGGCGGUUCCCUCGCCGAACGGGGCUCCAUUCCGAAGUUCUCGAUCUCGUGCGAAGGAUCCUCCGCCCCGCAGAUGGACGAUUCGGAGCACGCGGAAGAGGAGGAGGAGACGGUCCGAUUCAGAAGACAGUCGUCAGGAAGGAGCUCUGGCGGCGCCCAACAGCUCCAGCUCGUCAUUCCCUCGAUUUCGUCGGCGCAGGAAAAGGACACUGUGAUACAGCCGAGCAGAGAGACUUGCUAUGUCGUACGUUAUUAUUACUGAAAAAUAUAUCUGAAACCCACUUGCAAGGAUCCGGUUGGGACCAAACCUUGCAGGCUUCUUGGACCUGGAUUUAAGUAUAUUGGGUCCAAAUUUCAGCCCGAUCGGAUCGUCCGGUCCAGAGAUAUGUGGAUAAUUGGCCGAAAGCCCGGGCUCUUCGGCCAAAUGCGGGCCUCAAACACUAUAUCCCGAGAGUAAAUAAUCCGAUCGGGCUGAAACUAGGACCCAGUGUACUUGAAUCCAAGUCCAAAAAGUCCGCAAAGUUUGGGUCCGAUCGCACGGCCCAGCAGAAUAUAAAAAUCUCUAUUUUCUCCCAAGAAAUCGUCAUUUUGAUUGCAGAUGUACCCGUCGACGGGCACCUCAUCGGCCAGUUGCCAACUAUCGCCGGGCGGCGCGUCCGUCUCGUCGGUCUCCUCGACGGACAUUUGCUCGCCGCACCCGUGCUCAGCCCACGCACCCUCCGAACACCCGGACGCCACGUCAUCAUCAUCGAUCACUUCGGCGAAUCCGGCGGCUGCGAAGACGAUUACGAUCCGGAAAGGACCGUUCGGCUUCGGGUUCACACUUAAAUCCGUCCGCGUUUACAUGGGAGAGCACUCGGAAUACUAUACCAUCGAGCAUAUUGUGACGGCCGUCGUCGAAGGUAAGCAAGAAUGGGGGGAUUUCUAGAUUCCCUAUUGAAAAGCGGGAAAAUUAAAGCCUUUUUGUAGAGAAAGUAGAACUUUCCGAGUGUUUUACCGUUUUUCAGUAGAAUGUAAGCGGCAGAACAAUUUCGAAACUUUGCAGGUGUUCUAGCCGGCUUCUCCAGUUUUCACGUUUCAAUAAAUCGUUUUUUGAAGGUAGUCCGGCGUACGAGGCGAAUCUGCAAGUGGACGACAUGAUCACGCACGUGAACACACACGCAGUGCACAAUCUGACCCAUCCGCAGCUGAUGCACCGUCUUCUUUCGAACGGAAACGAACUGUUCCUGAGGCUGAUGCCGCUCGAGGCGACGAGUAUUCGCGAGGGCGCCGCGCGUCGGACCGUCGGCAAAAUGGCGCGGAAGAAGCCGAAACGGCCGCAACGGCGCGUCGUUCCGAUGGAGAAAAAGGCGCGGAAGCCGUCGGCGCUUCUGCGGAGACUCUCCGGAAAACGGGCGACGAACGACAUCGUGCCGGGCAGCUCGAGCCAGAAACAGGCGUUCAUGCCGAGAAGCGCCUCGAGCCAGGACGGAUCCAUACUCACACAUCUGCCGGGCAUCCAGAAGGAGCAGCAGCAGCAGCAGCAGCAGCAGCCGGAAGCAUCAGGAACACAGCCACAACAAGGGGUCGUUAGGAGGAGUGUUAACGAGAUCGAGGUACACCCUUUUUUGUGGCAAUUUUGUCUUUUUUUUGAACAUCUUGAAAGAAGUCGAGCGAAAAAGUGAGAAAUUGAACGCAUUUCCCCACUGUUUCUCCGUUUUCCCUCUUCUCCUCUGUGCUUCUCGCUGCCCAAUUCGUCCCAUUUUUGCAGGCGAACCGUCCGUCGUCGCUGCGUGCUCCUGUCACUUCCACUUCCACUUCCACUUCCACUUCCCCCGCUUCCGUCCCCCCUUCCACUUCUUCUCCCUCUUCUUCUUCUUCUUCCUCUCCGGCACCGCCCACUUCUUCUUCCAUCGCUUCCGUUCCGUCUUCGGUCGCUCAGGGACCGUCCGUCGUCGCGCAGGCGCCGUCCAUUUCGAUCGUAAAACAAAAAUCGCAAUCGAUUGCGGUCAGUCCGUUGGCCAGAGACCCCCGGAUGAGGUUGGUUUGAGUACGAAAAAUUGGAAGAAAAAUGGCUGAAGAGCUAACAUUUUUCCCUGUGUUUGUGAUGUUUUUUCGUGCAAAAAGCGGGCACGGGGCGGCCUGCUAACUCGCUUCAACAGCAAAUUUGCAGCGAGUUAGCGGUCGGACCGUUUGCAAGUAUGCUCUAUUGUUCAAGCUAGAAUUUUUAAAAGAUUUAAAAGCGAUUAGUAAAAGCUGUUCUCGUGGGAUUCUUAGAAACACUCUUGAAUUGUUUUUUCCAAUAAAAAUGUAUUGUUGCAGAUCGCCGUCGCCGUCAACGGCCCGCGGACCGUCGUCGAGCACCUAUUCGACGCGUCCCGACGGCUCUUCGGCAAUCGGAAGCCCCGCCCACUCGAACAACGCGACGAGCACGCCUAGACACUCUCCGCACUUGUCUGCACGCCGACGGUCCUACCAGCCCACGACGAGCGGCGGAUCCGCCGCGACCACUCAGUCGAUGAUGGUGCCGCCGACGCGCGGGUUUUCCGCUGCCGCGCAGUCCGCACAGAACCUGUUAAACCGUAUUUUACCCCGUCACGAACACGGAUCCUCAUCGUCGCAGAAUAAUUCACAAAAGUAA